UUACUAUCACCCGCGUCAAAAAGCAAAACAAAGCUAGAAAACUUUAUGAAAAUUCGUUUUUCAAGCUAUUUUCCUUAAAUGUUUUGGAGUUUCUUGGCCGAAAAGUGAUGAAGAAGAAAGAUAGGAGUUUAAUGGUGCAGAAGGGAGAAGAAAUUCUCAAGGAAACUGAGCCAGAGGAUGAAGCUUCCGGGGAUGCUUUGCAAGACAAUCCCAGUGGCAGUGGAGCCUACGUUGAUCCAGUGAUAAGGAGUUCAUUGGAAUUUGUUGAAACUUUUGUGGGGAAGAAAGACCGGAAAUGCCCUUUCUGUGGGAGAGUAUUCAACAGGCCAGCAACACUGAGGCAACACGUGAUGAUUCAUUCGGGCUUCAAAGGCUACAAAUGCAGUCAAUGCCCUAAAUCCUUCGCUAACAGGGACUUGCUUGUGGCACAUGGGAAGAUUCACGAAAAGGGAAAUUUUCCCUGCCAAUUCUGCCCAAAGACCUUCCCGAAUCAGGACUAUGUGCGUCGGCAUGAGCGGCGACACAAAUUAAAGAAGGAAUUUGAGUGUGAAAUCUGCGAAGGGAAGUUUGGAUCGAGAGACAUCUUCCUGAGUCACAUGAAGAGUGUCCAUUUCUGCCAUGAGAAGGGAAAGAUUCUGCGGAGGAAGUUUACGUGUGAGGUGUGCAAACAGAUCUUCUGGCAGAAGACAAAGUACCUACAGCAUCAGGAUCUGCACAAGGAUAAGUCAAAGAUGUGCUUUUACUGCAACAAGAAGAUCUCAGACCGGCAGAAUCUCAAGAAGCACUGCCGGAGAGUCCAUCCGGAUCAACCAAUUAUGCUUCCAAGGCAGCGGAAAGUUAAAUCCUCAGACACUGCAGCCAAUAGGAAGAUCGAUGUAAUCUGGGAAGAAUAUCACCCCAGAAUGAGUCCAGAACCAAUGGAAACAACACCCGAUGGUGCAAAAGUCCUUCAAAUCAUUAAACACAACUUCCAGACAUCCUGGGAAUUUGCCGAAGCCCACGUGAAGCCUGGAGACGUUCAGUGUGGCUUCUGCAAGAGAAUUUUCCCGCGAACAGAAAUGCUUCGACGGCACAUGUUGAAGCAUUCAGGUAUAGAUGAAUCCAAAUGCCCAAAAUGCCUCAAAGUCUUUGCACAUCAUGAAUCCCUUCAUGAGCACAUGCUGUGUCACGUGCAGGAGGAACAUCCGUGCAAGGUGUGCGGGAAGGUCUUUCAGAACGCCACCUACCUCAAGAAGCACAUGAAGAGAACACACGGAAACCCUGAGACUUUCACCUGUUCCGUGUGUAAGAGUACCUUCACACGCCCUGAAUACCUUGAGGAUCACGUGAUGACCUUUCAUGAUAACAAAACAUCUCCAAUGAUGAAGAAGUUGAAGAAAAAGUUGAAAAAAGAAACGGAGGAAAAUGAAGAAGUUCUGGAGGUUCCAGAGGUAACAGAACUCCCAGAAGACUACCAAGAAGAGAAUGUCUACACAGUUGAAACAUUAGAUCCUUCUGAGGAACCUGAAUACCUCGAUGAAGCAUUCAAUGAUGGGGAAGAGAAUUAUUUCGAUGAACAUCCCAAUGAUGCAUUUGAAAAUUUCUGGGUGGAUGAAGAUGAAGGAGAAAACAAAAUCAUUUCAGAUGUAAAACUGGUCUACUUAAAAGACUUAAAACAACCACCACCGGUGGAAAAACCACCGAAGCAAAAUCUUCCAGAAGAUCAUUCAUUUUCCACACAAGCUGACUUUCUUAGGGCCUAUGUUAAGGAUACAGAUCGUACCUGCCCGUUCUGUCAGAAGACUUUCAAUCACCUCUUUCAGCUGAAGCAGCACAUUGUGGUGCAUUCAGGAUUGAAGGAAUUCAAAUGCCCAAAGUGCAAAAAGGAAUUUCUCAGUGAAGUCCUAAUGCAAUCUCAUCUGUCAACAGUUCAUACAAAGGAACGUCACCCCUGUAAGCAAUGCGGGAAGGUUUUCAAGAAUUCCGACUACCUUCGACGGCAUGAGAGGCGACACAAGUACUCAAUAAUACGGUAUGAAUGCUGCUUCUGUGAUCUCGUGUAUGAUUCACGGGACAAACUGAAAUUUCAUCUAAAAGUUCACUACAAGAAGGAACAUGGUGCGUCAAACAGAACCAAGUAUAGUUGUGAUCGGUGCAAGAAGAUCUUUACAAUUAAGCGAUUGUAUCUGAAGCACAGAGAAGAGCAUGAACAUGCUGAUGAAACUGCUUCAGACAAUGAGAUGGCCUUUGAAGAUUUAAAAGUGAAGAAGGAGAACGUCUUUUGCAUUGAUGGUAUCGUAGAGGAGGAGAAUUCUGAAUCAGAAUUAAUCUCCAAAAACAAACACAUUAAAACCCCUCCGGAUCCACUUAAAUUCGAUACAGUCAAGGAUUUUGUGAAUGAAUGCAUGAGACGUACAGACUUUACGUGCUACGAAUGCGGUAAAGUCUUCCCUCAGCAUCGUUUACUCAGGAAACACAUCCUAAGUCAUGCCGGUAUAAAGGACUACAAGUGCCUCAGGACUGAUUGCAAAGAAGUUUUUGACAGUCCCGAAGCUCUUGAGGAGCAUGUAAAGGAAAAUCAUUCAAAGCACAUUUGUAAUUUGUGCGGGAAGCAAUUUAAGCAGUUAGCCUACCUCACGAAGCAUCUGCAGCGACAUCAGGAGAUUAAAUAUGAGUGUGAGAUCUGCAGCAGGAAAUAUACGACACGUUAUGCACUUAAAUGUCAUUUCAAGAAGGUUCACUACGACAAAAAUUUAAAGAAGAUUGUAAGGAAGCGGCUGUACUGUACGUACUGUGACGAAUAUUGUUGGAGUAAAUCUUCAUAUAGGAAGCAUCAAGAGAGACAUAUACUGCAAAUAAUUACUCCUGAUUCCCCCUCAAGACAUCUAGCUUCAACGACUUUGGAUGAGACAGGAAAACCUUCAAGGUUCAAAUCGGCAGCAGCUUUUGUGAAGGCGUACGUGAAGCAGGGUGAUCGAAAGUGUUGCUUCUGUGAUAAGUCCUACAGUAGACCGGCUUUGCUGAAGUUGCACAUUUUAGUUCAUUCCGGUUUCCGUGACUACAAAUGCCCCAAAUGUCCGGCGGAUUUUGUCAAGGAACACCUCCUUAAUGCCCAUUUUGUUCGGGUUCACGCAUCAGAAAGGCAUCCAUGUAAAAUAUGUAGAAAGGAAUUCCGGAAUUCUGACUACCUCAAGCGGCAUCUGAGGCGACAUACGUUGCCGCGGAAGUUUGAGUGCGAACACUGCGGAUUGAAAUUUACAGCUUUCUUCACGCUCAAAUGUCACAUUUUGCGUGUUCAUUACAGGAAGGAAACGGGAACUGUUUCGAAGAAGAAGUAUUUCUGCAACAAAUGCAAGAGGGCCUUUUGGAAGAAGAGUACCUUCGAGGGGCAUCAAAAGAUACACACGCGCAAGGUCAAAAAUCAGUGGAUUAAGCAAGGGAAGGCUGAUGAGUCUCUAGCAGAGACCUUCAUCAUUGAGAAGAAGGUCAGUUCAGCGGAUCUGGAUGUAAAAGUAGAGACAGUAAUGGAGGAUUUUGAUGGAAACGUAGAAGAAGACAUUCCUAUUCAUGAAAUUUCCAUUCCUCAACCUACGAAGAUCCCCAUUCCGGAGAAUCAUCCCUACAAGACAGCCCAAGAGUUCGUUAAUGCGUACACAACGAAGAAAGAUCGCAUUUGUUGCUUCUGCGAAAGACUCUUCAGGCGUCCUGCUUUACUACGGCGACACAUGGUGACACAUUCAGGUUUUCGUGACCACAAAUGUCCCUACGACAAGUGCACGAAGGAUUUCGCCCAUGAAGACCUUCUCAGGAUACACAUGGAGACAGUUCAUGCCCCAGAUAGGUAUCCAUGCAAAAUUUGCGGGAAGAUCUUCAGGACAAUGGAACGAAUGUCCAAUCACAUGCACAUCCACAGUUCACUCAGAACAUGGAGCUGUACGUUGUGUGACAAGAUCUUCACAACGGACAGUGGGCUAAGGAAGCACAGGAAGCGAAAACACACUGAGUUGCUGCCAAAGGACAAGCCAAAAGGAGUGAAAUAUAAAUGCGGAAUUUGCAAGUUGACCUUUAGCCAGGAGGAGAAGUUUGAGAAGCACAAAAAUGUCCACAAAGACAGGACGGUGAUUUGUUUCUACUGCAACAAAUCAAUGCUUGAUAGAUCAAACCUCCGUGUGCAUUGUAGGAAGUUUCAUGGGAAUCUUCCAAUUGAUGCUAAUGAUGGUCCACCCGUUUGUACGGUCUGCAAUGCCCUUUGUGAGAAUAUUGAAGCACUUAAGGAACAUUUUGAGUCUCACGGAGAGGAUCCCUUUGAGUGUGCCACGUGUGGAUCAUCAUUUAAGCGACAAGAAGAUUUCCGGGAGCACAUACAAAUUAAUCAUUUCAGUGAGGAUGUCUACCCCUGCUAUAUGUGCGGUAUGGUAUUUGAGACCACAGAGAGCAUGAAGCAGCAUCGGACGAGUCAUUUAAGUCUCCCAAAUCCAUUUCCAUGUGAAUUUUGCUCUAAAAACUUCUCAACAGUGUUCCUCCUGAACAAACACAAAGAAACGCACCAUCUUUUCGAAGUGAGCUACUAAUUUGCUUAAAGGGAGCAAAAGAAGUUUUAUUUUGGAGUAUUUACUACAGAUUUCGACGUAAAAAUAAAGGGAAGAAUUGACAUAAAAGUGUUUUGGAUGUAUUUUUUGCACUUAAGUCAGAGGAUUAAAUAAAUGGAAAAAUAUCAAUGAUUUGGAUGUAAUUUCAGUGUAAUAAAUAAAUAAAUAUGAAAUAUAAAAAAA